CAGCCUGAUGCGCGUCAAGCGAUGGGCUCCAGUACCCGUACCUCGCCCUCCCGACCCUCCCCGCCCGGCUGCAGCUGCUGCGCCGCGGCCACGACCUCCAUCUCCUCCUCGCCUCGACCGCCGCCGCAACAGAAAACCCUCGGCCCGCCCACAGCCCUCGACGAGCCAGGAGCGCCUCGAGCAGUACCGCGACUCGGUGUGGCCGACCGUGCAGCGUGUCCGCGACCUCCUGCGACCUCUCGCUCGCCCCGACCCGGUCGCAAAACCACCGCCGCUCCGCCAGCAACUGUCGACCCACCUCGAACACGAGCUCGUCCAGCGCCGCACAGCGUGCGCCCAGAUCUACGCCCUCCUCCGCCACGCGCGCGCCAGAGCCGCUGCGGCCGCCACGACCGCCGCCGCCCCCGCCGCCUCUUCGGACCGCAAGGGCAAGGGCAAGGCGCGCGCCGACGACGACCUCGAGGGCGCAGCACCGCAGCUUCCGCCCUGGAUCGAGCGCCAGGUCGUGCACCUCGUCGCGCAAACGAUGCGCCUCCAGCUGCACCUCGGCGACGUCUCGAGCGCAAAGGAGCUCGACCGCGCCUUCUUCUCGCUCGAGCCGCACGCCGCCGCCAAGCGCGCUUUCCGCCUGUCGCGGAAGAGCCAGCAGCCGCAGCCACCGGACGGCAAGGCGGCGAGGGCGCUGCGGCUCGGCGCCGGGCUCGGGCUCGACCGGGGAGACGCCGAGCCGGCGUGGAUGCAGUCGCUCGCGGUGCGGCUCCGGGCGGGCGCCGACCCUGCACGGGCUCUCGAGCGCUUCCUCGGGCUGUACCGCGCCUUUCGGGCGAGCAGGGUCGGGGCGCACGAGCGCGGCGAGGCGGACUGGGACGCGUACGUGCGGGCGAGGACGGCGCGGCAGGACGAGGAGGACGAGCCCGGUGGCGAUGAGCGGCGUGACGAGCGGCUCGGCGAGUCGCACGUCCUCGCGUUCCUCGCGCGGCGCAUGGGCACGCUGCAGCGGCGCGUCGAGGACGCGGCGCCGAGGCUGAGCCCGUCGCGCGCCGAGCGGGUGCACGCCCAGCUGCGCGCCUUCAUGGACGAGCUGCGCGCGGCCGAGGAGGACGAGGGCGAGGUCGUCGCGCUCGCGCUCCUCGAGUCGUCGCUCGAGCGGCUCGAGGCAAGCGAGCACCUCGAGCUCGACGACCCGCUGUACCGCCAGGUCGAGGAGGACGUCGAGCGGCUCGUCGCCUCGCUUGGCGACGCUCUCGCCGCGCCCUCUGUCGACGUCGCUCGAGCAGCGGCACGAGCAGGCCCGUCGUCGCGGCGGCCCGAGUGGGUCGAGCUCGAGCGGCGAGCGCAGGUGCUGCACAUCGCAAUCCGGUUCCUCCUCGUCCGUGCCCGGUCGCACGACGGCCCUUCCUCCCCUCGUCCCUCGACCUCGACCUCGACCUACGUCCCACCUGCAGCCUCGCCCCUCGCGUCGGCGUCGCAGCUGUACCUCCUCCUCCUCGACCUGACGCACUCGACGGCAUCCGACCCGCUCCUCGCCACGACCGCGCUCCCUCGCCUGCGCCUGCGCCAGUCGUCCGUCCUGUUCCGCCUCGCCUCGGCGCACCUCGACGCGCUCGCCGCCGCGCAGCACGGCCGCCGUCGCUCGCACCUUUCCUCGUCGGCGGUCGACGACCCGCUCGCCCCGCUCGAACGCCUGCACACCCUCCUCUCCGUCACCCUGUCGACCCUGUCGCGCAUCCCUCCCUCGCCCGCCGUCCCACCCUCGACCCGCCGUCUCGGCCUCUCGACGCACGUCCUGCGCGCCGCACUCCUCGCCCUCGGCGGGGCGUUCGACCCGGCCAACCCGGCGCGCAAGGACGCCAUACCGCGCUUCGACGCCGUGCGUGAUGCGUGCGACGUCCUGCUCCAGUGCAAGGAGCACGACGCGGCGCUGCGCGGCGGGCCGCACGAGCCCGCGCUCGGAGCGCUCGCGCUCUCGCCGCCGCCGGGCUCGGCGACCGGCGUCGAGCAGCCGCAGCUCCCGCAGAAGGGGCGAGCCGACCAGCCGCUCCUGCGCCGGGUCGACGCCGCGGGCGCGCUCGUGCGCGCGGCGCUGCUCGCCGAGUCGAACGCCGGGUCCGAGCCUGGCGCGCUCGCGGCGCAGGACGACGUGCGCGCCCGGCUCGACUGGCUCCUCGAUUGGGUCGCGCGCCUGCAGCGUGCGUCGCCGCCGCCCGGCUGUGCCGGCGCCGGCGCCGUGCGCCACCACGAGGGGCCCGAGCGGCGGCUGCCAGUGCCGGCGACGAUGACGACGGAGCGCAAGGCGCGGCGGACGGUUGCGCGCGCUGUCGGGCUCACGAUGGAGCGCACGUGGGGCACCGGCGAGGGCGGGAGGGCGUGGCGCGAGGGCUUGCUGAGGCGGGUCGAGGAGUGGGUCGACGAGGGCGAGAGGGAGUGGGGCGCGCUCGAGCAGGGGCUUGUCACGCCCGACGCCGCACACGAGCACGACGCGCCGCCCUGACGGCUUCUCGCGUCGUCUUCGCCCACCGCCCUCUGCCGCUCGACCCGCCC